AUGGCCACCAUCGCACCACAUCAAAACGGCACCGCCACCGCCACAAACCCACUCCGACCGGACAAUUCCUCCGCCGCACAACCACUCACCACCGACGCCGACGCCGACGCAACUGCCGUUAUUAACUCAUCCUCAAUCAUCAACGAAUCGGCCCAAGAGCUGGAAACGGUAACCGAAACCGGAACAGAACCCACCGUCACUCCGCCGGAGAAGAGAUGGUCAGGUUGGCCGGGGGACUGCGUGUUCCGUCUCAUAGUUCCUGUUGGUAAGGUUGGCAGCAUCAUUGGACGUAAAGGAGAACUCAUCAAGAAGCUGUGUGAAGAAACUAAAGCUCGUGUUCGUGUUCUGGACGCCGAUCUUGGUACUCCUGAUAGAGUUAUACUUAUAUCAGGGAAGGAAGAGCUAGAAGCAGCUAUAUCCCCUGCAAUGGAUGCUGCAAUAAGGAUAUUCAAACGCGUCUCUGGAUUAUCUGAAAUUGACAGUGCAAUUAAAGGAUCUGCUGGGGUUACAUUUUGUUCCAUUCAAUUAUUGGUGGCUUCUACACAGGCUAUCAGUUUGAUUGGAAAACAAGGGUCACUAAUCAGAUCCAUACAGGAGAGUUCUGGUGCCGCUGUUAGAGUACUGUCAGCAGAUGAGGUGCAAUAUUUUGCUACUGCGGAAGAGAGGAUUGUAGACCUGCAGGGAGAAGCCUUGAAGGUUCUUAAAGCUCUGGAAGCCGUGAUUGGCCAUCUGAGGAAGUUUUUGGUUGAUCACAGCGUUCUCCCCUUAUUUGAGAAAACUUACAAUGCAUCUAUCCCACAAGACCGUCAAGCAGAGACCUGGUCUGACAAGCCGUCACAGCAUACCAUUUCACAAACUAGCAUGUUUUCUGAUAUUCCGCUUCCAUCAAAAAGGGAUUCUGUCUUCGCUGAUCGUGAAAGUCAUUUGGACUCACUACUCUCAUCCUCAUCUAUGUCUCUCUAUGGGCAAGAUUCUUCUCUUUCUGGUGUCCGUUCUUCAAGUCUUAGUCGUGUUGGGGCUCCUAUCGUUACGACGGUAAUACAAACAAUGCAAAUACCAUUAUCCUAUGCGGAGGACAUCAUUGGCAUUCAAGGGACUAAUAUAGAUUAUAUUCGUCGCACUAGUGGAGCCAUAUUGACUGUGCAGGAAAGCAGGGUGCCUGAUGAAAUUGUUGUGGAAAUAAAAGGAACCUCAUCUCAGGUUCAAACGGCUCAGCAAUUGAUUCAGGAAGUUAUAAGCAGUCGCAGAGAACCUGUCACCAACAGCUACGGGAGGUUGGAUGCGAGCAGAAUGGAUGUGGGUCCAAGGUCAUAUUCUCAGUCUUCUUACUCUCAGUUGGGCAAUUCGUCACGCAUACCACCUUCUUCUUUGUCCUCAAAGUCAUACUCAAGUUAUGGAGCAUCUGGUUUAGGAGACUACAGUACUUUCAGGCUUUAA